UCAGGAUUACAGGCGUGAGCCACCACACCCCACCAGCUUUUCUAAGCUGCAUUGUUUUCCGCUCCAGUCUGCUGUGAAUGAGAGUCCCAGUUGUUUCAUAUCCCAACUAACUGGCGACAGCCUACAAAUGACGCGCCAUGACGAAAUUGUUCCCGCUGUCCGUGGUGUCAUAGAGGAUUGCGAAGAAUGUCCCUCCUUUCUCUCCUUUCUGCUCCACCUGAACUGUCUGCUCCUUAAAUUGGUCAAAUUCUACUUGAUCCAGGAACAUAAUGGGGAUGGGGCUUGCAGACGGCUCACAUGCCUCAGCCUGUGGGAGCAUCUCAGAGGAAUUCGCCUGCAGGUUCUGGUGCAUCUAGGCAGAGCACAAGAAGGAAGAGAGGUGCAGACGCACGUGUGGCCCUGCGCCUUCCCUCCCCUCAAGCCUGCACAGGCCUUUACCUGCCCAUCCCAGCUCGUGUUUUCGGCCUUCUGGCCAGCACUUCGCUGGGACCUGGUCGACUUCAGGGAAGUUUAUUUCAUGGCUCCCUCCCCACACUGCAGCCUAUCCUGUUAUUAUCUGUUUCAACCAAUCAUUUCCCCUAACGGGGUGCUCAAGCCAGUUAAAGGCAGUUCAUGCCAUAUGUUCCUUCCCAUCGCAUGUCACCUGAAAUGUUCUAGUGUGUCCAAGACUUAUCUCCCUAUCCUAAGACACGGAAAAUAAGGAUAGAGAAGAGAAGAAAGAGAAAUUCACUGAGAGAGGGAGGAUCAGAAGCUCCUGGGCACCCCCCACUCUAGAAUAAAAAUCUUCAUUAAGGUGUUUUUCUUACAAAAUAUUCCCCUCUAAGUUAUUAUGUUUUUAUAUGAAGAAUAGAAAUUUAAAGAGGAGUUUGAAGAGUCUGAGAAUCUUCAUAUAACUCAGGCUGCCACAACACAUUAGCUGUGUGACCCGGGGCAUGUCCCUCAGACUCUGAGCCUCAGCUUCUCCGAAUGUAAAAUGGGUUGAAGCCUCCCUUCCCCUCCAGCACCCUAUGCACAGGCAAUACCCAGCCCCAUUAUUUUCUGGAUUCUGUGACCAAGCGUGGUCAGGCUACACAGCCACACACUUCCGGGCAGAGUCAUCUGGGAACUCACUGUUGUGUCAGUGUGGUUGGAUAUCGUAAACCUCUAUGAACCAAAUAUGCUUUGGGCUCAGGGGUGAAGCACAGGAGAGGGAGGAGGGAAAAGUCACUGGGGCUGGGAGUGCUCACUUCCCUGUGAGUGUCAACCCAGUCCUCCCCCAGUACCCUACCUUUUCCUCUCUGGACCUACUUCCUCUUGUUGCCUGCUCCUCCCCAUUGAAUAACAGCCAAGUUGCUUUAGUUUCUAUUUCUUUGUUAAGUCUUUCCCUCUGCAGAGAACUGCCUGGCGGGUGUGAAAGACAGCAGUGCCACAGAGGCGGUGGAGAGAUGGCCUACAGCGGUGCCCCGACUACCUACCUGAACCCACCCGUCCCCUUUUCUGGGACAAUCGAAGGGGGUCUCCAGGACGGACUUCAGAUCACUGUCAGUGGGACCAUCCUCAACUCCAGCGGCACCAGGUUUUCUGUGGACUUUCAGACCGGCUUCAGUGGAAAUGACAUUGCCUUCCACUUCAACCCUCGGUUUGAAGAGGGAGGGUACGUGGUGUGCAACACGAAGCUGAACAGAACAUGGGGGCCCGAGGAGAGGAAGAAGGAGCUGCCCUUCCAGAAGGGGGUGCCCUUUCACCUCUGCUUCCUGGUGCAGAGCUCGGAUUUCAAGGUGAUGGUGAACGGGAGCCUCUUCGUGCAGUACUUCCACCGCGUGCCCUUCCACCGUGUGGACACCCUCUGCGUCAAUGGCUCUGUGCAGCUGUUCUCCGUCAGCUUCCAGAACACCCGCACAGUCCCUGUUCAGCCUGCCUUCUCCAUGGUGCAAUUCUCCCAGCCUGUCAGUUUCCCACCCAGGCCCAAGGGGCGGAGACCAAAACCUCCCAGCGUGCGGCCUGCCAACCCAGCUCCCAUUACCCAAACAGUCAUCCACACGGUGCAGAGCGUCCCUGGACAGAUGUUCCCUAAUCCUGCCAUCUCACCUAUGAUGUACCCCCACCCAGCCUAUCCGAUGCCUUUCAUCACCACCAUUCCAGGAGGGUUGUACCCAUCCAAGUCCAUCGUCCUGUCCGGCACUGUCCUGCCCAGUGCUCAGCGGUUCCACAUCAACCUGUGCUCUGGGAGCCACAUCGCCUUCCACCUGAACCCCCGUUUUGAUGAGAAUGCCGUGGUCCGCAACACACAGAUCAACAACUCUUGGGGGUCUGAGGAGCGGAGUCUGCCCCGAAAAAUGCCCUUCACCCGAGGCCAGAGCUUCUCGCCUUGCAGGUCCCAAAGCACAGCCUCAUGUUGAAGGCUCCGAGAAGUCUUGGAGUAAAGCUACGUGUCUGCCUUGGUUGAACUAAGCAUGUCCCAGACUAUUUGACCUUGGGACAUUUUGGAUGCCAAAGAUCUACCAAUCCAUUCAACACAUUUGGGAAAUACCUGUUAUCUCCUCACUGUUCUUCAGACAAGCCAGGUGAACUCCCACCCCAGGUCUUUGUGCCUGCUGCCCCCUCCAGAACAGCCCAGAGUGUUUCCCUCAGUAUCCACGGGGGUCCUCCUCACCACCUCAGGCCUAUUCUCAAACUUCCUUCCAGUUCCACCUUCCCUGGCCACCCUGUUUUAAAUGACACUCCCCAGCGUCCCAGGGGACGCUGUUUUUCUCCGAAGCACCACACCUCUUCUUUGUUUGGGUUUGUCAGUCCCCAUAGAAUGUAAGGAGUUUUUGCCUGUUUUGUUUACUGUUCUAUCCCUAGCACAUAGCAGGUGCUCAAUAAACGUUCAGUUGAACGUAUAAAUGUGUCUUAGGGAAAGUAUGGAAGUGACUGUCACAGGCUUUGGAACUAGAGAGAGGCAGACUGAACUCUAGGCUCUCACAUUCCCUGCUGUGGCCCCCGUAGGCCCCCUUCCCUCUGUCAAAUGGGGUUCCUCCCUCAAAGUCCUCAGCAGGACUGAAUGAAAUGCCACAUGAAAAUCCUUGGCAAGCACUAGGCCCAGUGUAAAUCCUUGUAAAUAUCAGUAUUAUCUUCAUCAAUAAAACCCCAUCCCUU